CUUCUUUUCCCAACAAUGAAGACCACCACCGUCCUCUGCACCUUCACGGGCUUCUUAGCCUUCGGUAUCCAAACCGUAACCGCCACCUGCUACAGCUCUGGCCAAUACUUCCCCAAUAGAGAGGAAGCUCGCACCUUCGUUCACGAUGCCUGCUAUAACCCUGGCGGCAUGUUCACCGGCAAUUACGAUCCUCGCCAACUGAAAGCCAUGUGCCCCCGUUCUGGCAACAUGGGUAUCGAAUUUGUGGUUCAGAACCUCAAUACUGAUGUUGGCUUUGAUCUCGGCGAUGAUGAUUGCUAUGAGAGGCUUACCAAUGAGGUCUUCAACUGCGAGCAUGGUGGUGAGAGCACUAUCUCUGGAUGGUUCUUCCUCGCUCGUCCUGGAACCUGUUAG